AUGCCCUUGCAAAACAUAGUGGUUUGCGAAAUAUUUGAUGUAUGGGGCAUUGAUUUCAUGGGUCCCUUUCCCUCUUUCUUUGGUUUUGCUUACAUUCUUAUGGCUGUUGAUUAUGUGUCUAAAUGGGUAGAAGCUAAAGCUUCUAAAACUGAUGAUGCUAAAACUAUGGUGAAUUUUGUCAAGAGUCGAAUUCUUAAUAGGCAAACUGAAGUGCCUAAUAUAGAGAUUAAGUCCAUUUUAGAAAAGGUAGUGAGGCCUAAUAGGAAGGAUUGGAGUCUUAGACUUGAUGAGGCUUUGUGGGCUUAUAGAACUGCUUAUAAAACACCCAUAGUAAAGAUUCGCAGCUUGGAAACUAAUAAGACUUUGAAGGUCAAUGGACAUAGAUUGAAGCCUUACUAUGAAGGAGUUUUAGUGUUCCUCGUAGAGGAACUGGAACUUGUGGAUCCAAACUAA